GUGCUCGUUUAAUCUGCGCGAUUCACCACGCUCCACAUCCCAUACACACACACAUAUCCAACUCCUCAACCAAGAUUCCAUAAUGAGGUUGCUGUCACACAGGAUUGUGUGACACACACACACACACACACACACACACACACACACACACACCCUCGCCGUGGACGCUUGUGCCUUGAACCAGAAACAGAGUCGGCUGACUCAAAAGGGCAGAGAGGAGAUGCCCCCACAGACAAGACUACACACUGUGGCAUCUUCAGCAAGGAAAUGAAGGGGCUCAGAGAGAGAGAGAGAGAGAGAGAGAGAGAGAGGGAGAGGGAGAGGGAGAGAGAGAGAGAGAGAGAGAGAGAGAGAGAAACAUCUUAUGAAAUAUUAAUCAUGGAGUGCUGCUUUUUCCAGUGCAGUGCACAUUUUUACUCAGUCCAGGGGGCAAAUUUUGCCCGAUAUUAAAAAAAAAAAUGGAGCUGCAGACAAACGCGAUGCAGGCAAUCCCUGGCACUGCGCUGGAGCUCUGUGUUCACUACUUCCGUCUAUCUCUUUUUCUCUCUCUCUCUGUCUCCCUCUUUAUCUAUCUCUCUUUUUUUUCUGUCUCUCUCGAUAUCUCUCCUUCUCUGGGGCCUAGGGGGCCACUGGUGGAAUCUGUGUGAUUCCCCUCUUCAUGCUCUCAUAUCUCCGCUCUGAGCUCCCAUUGUUAGGCAAACCACAUGGCAGAUUUGAGACGCUUGUGGUUAUCACGGAAUAUGAUGCACAGGACUCCAUUCCCAGAGGGAAAUUGGAUUGCUAUACUGUCAGAUGCACUGACCGAUGGUCAUUGAACUGAAGUCUCUUGUGGACCAUAAGGAAAUAUAUUUUUUUGAUACCUAAAAAGAGGAGAGGGGCGAGACUGUGAUUGCACAUUUUGUUUUAUUUUUUUUAUUUUCGCCCCGUGUGGAAACAAUAUGGCGGCAACUGAGGCGUGUGCUGCCCCCGUCCAGGCAGAGAGCACAGAGACUAAAGUAGAGGAAGUGAAGCCCGCCAACGCGGACCCAGCACCAGCGCCGGCCCAGGAGGCAGAGGAGACGAAAGAGACGGUGGCCAACGACGCCACCCUGAACAACGAGCAGCCCGCGGAGCAGCCAGCAGAGCAGCCCGCCGAAGGCAAAGCCAAGCCAGCCUCGGAGAACAUCCUGGGUUCCUUCCUAAACAAAAGCGGCCUGGGGAAACUCAUGGGCGGAGGCAAGAAGAAGAAAGAGCCCAGCGCAGGUGGGGAGGAUGGGGUCGCCGCCGCGGGCGACGCAGAGAAGGACAAGAGCCAGGCGGAUGAGGGCAACAAGGAGCAGCCGGCCAAUCAGACAGCAGAUGGCGGCGAGGCCGGGGCCGAGGACCAGGCCAUAGAGAAAGCGCCGGAGAACGAGGAAGUGGUGGCCGGAAAAGAUGCCAAGCCCAAGCAAGGGGAGAAGUCCAGUGUGCGGGACUUCAUCCGCAAGCCCGUCGCCAGAAUUUUCUCACACAGAAGCACAGAGAAGAAGGAGGGUGCAGGCGAGGGCAAGAAGGGUGGUAAGGUCCGGUCCAGAUCCCUAGACAGGCUGGAAGAUGCUGAUGCAAGCACGGUGGUUGCCGUGGACCAGGCAGAAGAGGUCCCGGAGGCGGCGGAAGAGUCCGAGAAGGCUGCCGCUCAGACCACUAAACACAUGAAACGCUGGCACUCCUUCAAGAAGCUGAUGGCCCAAAAGUCCCACAAGAAAAGCACAGACGACACCAAGGAGGGGGAAGGUGCUGAGGAGGGCGCAGAAGGGGCGGGCGACUCAUCGACACUCGACUCCGCCACAAAAUCAGAACAUUCCGGCCAGAAACGGUGGAAGCUGAAGAGAUCGUGGACAUUCCAGGGCCUGAAGAGAGACACGUCGGUCACAGGCAUCCACAAGGCGGCAAAGGAGGGCGAGAAAGAAGGCGAGGAGAAAGAAGGAGAAGAGAAAGGAGAGGAAGCCGGCGCCAGUGCAGAGAAUGACCAGGGAACUGAAGCCAGCUCAGAAGAGCCCAAGGCUGCAGUGGACGGAGAGACACAGGAAAAGAGCGGCACAGACGGCGAAGAGGAAAAGGGGGCUGCCGCCGCUGCCCCACAGCGCGCUAAAUCAGUGGACCAACAUGCCAACGAGAUCUGGACCUCGUUCAAGAAGCGCGUGACCCCCAAGCCGAAAAAGUCGACAGACGCCAGUGCCGGGGUGGAGGAAGGGGCCGAGGCGGCCGGGGAGCAGGAGCAGACUGAGGACCAGCAGGCGGCUAAAGACUCUGGCAAGACAGCCAAGACGAAACGGACGCACUUCAACCGCGCCGUGUCGCUAAAGAACUUCAUCAUGCGCAAGGGCGGCAAGAGCACCAGCGUCGACCUUGGAGGUGAGGGCUCGGCGAAGGAGGAGGCAGAGGGGCAAGAAGACGGCGUGGCAGAAGAGGCGGACGCCAAAGGCGGUAGCGAAGAAGGCACUGCUGACACAGCUGAGGCAGCAGGGGCGGCGGCCGAGACCCCUCAGGCCACAGCAGAGAAGGAGGAGCCAGCUGCUGCUGCUGCUGAUGCCACCCCCACCACCGCGCCUGCCACUCAGAGCGAUGACAAGGCUGAAGUGGCUCAGGUGGCAGACGAGCCCAAGGCAGCUGACGCAGAGGAGAAGAAGCCCGAUGUGGUCGCACCAUCUGGUCAGCAGCCGCAGCAGCAGCAGGCGGCAGUGGUAGAGUCACCGCGCCCCGCCGAGCCAGCCACCGUGGUGGAAGCCGUGGCUGACCAACCGGCGCCUGAGGCCAAGACCAACGGGGAGAAUGGGUGCUCGGAUGGCACAGCGCACAAUCACGAGGCGGCCGACGGCGAGGCUACUCUCGAGACCAAGCUGGAGGGCCUCAGCCUCAACUGCAAGGAGGUCGUCAACGACGACGUCGUCGUGAGCGGGAAGGCCAAGGACGGCAAGAUCCUGAGCCCGGACGGGAAGUGCGGCGGUAAAGGAAACGCGGUGGCCCAAAGCGGUGAGUGUGCACCGGCAGACGUAGAACCUAGCGAUCACCGCCACAUGGGUGAGGGUGACAUUACAGAGUCUAUGGCAGAACUAGAGGCUGCUAGGUGCUUUGAGGGACUAGAGGCUGGGGAAGGAGGGUCUCCUCAAAAUGGAGGAACCCUGGCAGGGUCAGAGGAUGCCAACGCUGAGAGAACUGACGGAGUUGAGGAGGAGGAGGAGUUGAAGAAGAUGUUUUACGAGGCUGCGUCCUCCAUCGUCCGGUCAGUGGUGUCUGCCGCUGCUGAACAGUUAGAGAAAGAGACGGACUACCUGGACAGUAGUUUUAAAUGCUCUCACCCGGCCAACAAUGGCAAUUACCCAGAUAUCGAUGUCAGUUACUACCACUAAGCAUGCACUUAGAAGCCCCUACAUACCCUCUCUUCCCCAGCCUCUCUGUGGGUGCUUAAUAUCUAGUGUUGUCUGCUUCUUUGAGGAUAGGAUUUUAGGUCUUUAUUUUUUUAAAUCUAGAAAUAUAAUCUUUUUGUCUGUACCACUGUUGAAAGCCAUAUAAAUAUACGUAAUGAUAUAUUCACUGGAUAUUCCAAAGCUCCCUUUAAAUUGACGUUAAUAUGAAUGUUUUGAAAAUGCAAACACUAACAUAUAAGUGCAAUGGUCCUUCUCUGAUUACUCACUAAUGGUUGUCUAUCCUCUCUCAGGUCAUAAAAGGUAAUACCGGCGCCCUCAUAUUGAUCUCUAGAUAUGAAUAUGUCUGUGGUAGUUUACAGGAACCCU